UGGAACAUCCUUGACUACCACCUCUAUCUCCUCAGCAACGAGCGUGACCGAGACGAGCACGUCCGUAAGAACAGUAUGUACAUUUUCGAUGGGACCGAAUGUACCAUACGUUCCUAUGAAGAACUCUUCGAUCACGAGGUGCUGGCUCCUUUCAAUGUCGGCGAUGAUCCUCAGCUGGUGUUUAACAUCCUACCCAUCAUUAACCGGGACGCCUCGGAAUGCCAUGAAGGCUAUAUCCUGGGGUACAGUCAUGUGAACAAGAUGUUGUAUGCUCGUUAUUUCGAGUGGAUUCCCCACAUCGAGGACCUCGACUUUGUGUGGCAGGAUGGGUGCAACAUGUACGAGGUGACAAUCUAUGAAUUGCUUGGCCUUCUUCAUGAUUGCUUCGUUCAGAAAAGUUUCUUCCCAGGCGAAGGCAUCUUGAGCGCUGGUUACCAGCAUGGUCAUCACCGCCCAUCUCGAAGGUUUGACGACCCCGGAAUGGAACUCGUCAUGACCAUCCUCUUUUGCCAAUGGGUCCGGGAUGCUGCCGACCCGCUGUUUGGUCCUGCUUACUUGCGAAUUGGUAACCUCAAGGAGCAAGCCGCCUACUACGAGCAGCAAUGUCGCUUGAUGCUGCAGCGCGCUUCGGCUAGAGCGUGGUUCUAUAUCCGCGACGGAUGGGUUCCAGAUGAUCUGGCACGCAACUUGGAACUCAAUGCGUGGACCAACGAUCUGUACACCUAUUGUGAUUCCAUGUACGCAGAGAAUGGAAUCGAUUGGCCCGCCCCUAGCUUGAGGAAAUCAUCCGAGCUUCGAGAACAGUAUGUCGAGACUCACAGAGCCGAGAACUCCGCCGAUGUACGUUUCAACAAAUUGUUU